AUGAGGGGUGCUGCAGCUCUGCUGGUGUUGCUGUUCUGUCGGUCUGGGGCAUGGGCUCAGGGAGAGAGUGGAGGGGAUAGAGAGAGUUUGGUGGAGAGCCAGGGGACUGAAGAUACAGAGUUGACUAGCAAACAGACGACCGGCCAGACCAUCACAACGCCUGAUAUCUGGGGUGAGGUAGAGGAGCUUAGAGACAUGGUGGAUAACCUGGGAACCAUGAUUUCGGAGCAGAGAGAGAAGCUGAGGAACAUGGAGAAAAAGAUGGAAAGAAGGUGGAGAGAGAAAUGGCGAAGAGGAGCUGAGGCCAGACUGGAGACCAUGGGUACCAGACUGAGUGCCAGUGAAAGGGAGGUGGAGGAGCUGAAGAGAAUGAAUGCAGCCCUGGAGGCCAGAGUGACAGACAGUGAGAAUGGGAACACAGCCUUAGAGGCCAGAUUGAAUGCCAGCGAGGGGAUGGUGGAGGAGCUGAGGAGAGAGAAUGCAGACAGACCAAAGGUGGCCUUCUCUGCUGGUUUGACUAAUGAUGGAUAUUUAGGACCCUUUAAUAGUGUCACCACACUAGUAUACAGAAGGGUCAUCACCAACAUUGGCAAGGCCUACAACCCAAAUACAGGUGUCUUCACAGCACCAGUGAGAGGACUCUACUACAUCAGAUUCACUGCCAUGAGUCUCAAAGGUCCACAGUCCAUAGGUGCCUAUAUUUACCGUAACGCUAAGAGUGUCAUGUUCAAUCACCAGGACAAUGACAAUGGACAUAAUAGGUUCUUGUCUAAUGCAUUGACUCUAGAGCUAGAGGCCGGGGAUGUGGUCUACAUGCGUCUCCCAGUAAAUCAGGAGCUCUAUGAUGAAAAGUCGAGUAACUACAGCACCUUCAGUGGCUUCCUGCUCUUCCCUAUGUGAAGGGAGCACUCUGGCGUGAGUUUGAGAUCAAUAAAUAAGCCAGAUCAUUUAUAUCAUUGGCGUGAAGCGACUC